CAGUCGUCUUAGGCGAGGUUUAGACGAUGUAUCCGCCUCCCAGGAAGGACUUCAUCGCUUUGACCCUCAGCGACCCGCACAGUCACGCCUACAACAACGGCAAACACCGGAGACAGUCCUGCUGGAGGAAAUGGAAGCGCCUGUCUCGGCUGCAGCGGAGCCUCAUCCUCUUCCUGCUGGCUCUGCUGCUGAUUGUAGCUCUGCUCUCCUUCCCCGUCUUCACGGAGCAGUGGAGAGGCCUGUCCGAUAAGGAGGACUGGUUGGAGCUGAACGGCGGGAACUUGAACCUUCCUGCGGCCCUGCAGCCCGUCAUCAAUCCAGCUGCAGGCAGACCCCCAGCUCCUGUGGUGGGACCACAUCUGGAGCCGGCCGAGACUCCAGAAGCUGCCGCGCCGCCCAGAGGACCAAAUAUCCCGGUUUUGGCUAAACCUCCAAUAAAGAAAAAGACGUUCUUAAACAAGCGGGGCCCUCCGAGCCUGCAGAGGGACGGCAACGUCUCCGACACGAAAGGUGAAGGCAAGCCGAAGCAGCCGGCGGCGGCAGAGGAGAAGAAGAUGAUCAGCUGGAGAGGAGCGAUGAUCGAGGCCGACCAGGCCACAGAGCCUCCACCGUCGGCCAGAGAGAAGGAAGCCGCGACGCCGCCCGCAGCCACCGGCCGCCCCGAAGCUGGACCUGCAGACCGGCUGGAGGCGGUGCGGGACGCCUUCAGGCACGCCUGGAAAGGCUACAAGGACCACGCCUGGGGUCACGAUGAGCUGAAGCCCAUCUCCAAGUCUUUCGGAGAGUGGUUCGGACUCGGUUUAACCCUGAUCGACUCUUUGGACACCAUGUGGCUCAUGGGGCUGAAAGAAGAAUUUGCUGAAGCGAGGAGCUGGGUGGAGACGGAGCUGUCCUUCAACAAGAACGUGGACGUGAAUCUUUUCGAAACAACCAUUCGUAUCCUGGGGGGGCUGCUGAGCUGCUUCCACCUCACUAAAGACCAGCUGUUCUUGGACAAAGCUAAAGACCUCGGGACCAGGCUGAUGCCCGCCUUUAAAACCCCCUCAAAGAUCCCGUUCUCGGACGUGAACAUCGGGAUGGGGACGGCUCACCCGCCGCGGUGGACGUCUGACAGCACGCUGGCCGAAGUCACGAGCAUCCAGCUGGAGUUCAGGGAGCUGAGCCACGUCACCCAGGACCCCCAGUACCAGGAUGCUGCGAAUGAGGUAAUGAGGCUCGUCCACAAGCUGCCUGGGAAGCACGACGGCUUGGUGCCCAUGUUCAUCAACACCAACAGCGGUCAGUUCAGCCACAAAGGAGUGUUCACCCUCGGGGCCAGAGCGGACAGCUACUACGAGUACCUGCUGAAACAAUGGAUCCAGGGAGGAAAGGCUGAAGACGAUUUGUUGCAGGAUUACCUUCAGGCAAUCGAGGGGGUAAAAAAGCACCUGGUGAGGCAGACGGGACCCGGCAGGUUGACCUUCGUCGGAGAGCUGACUCACAACCGCUUCAGUCCUAAAAUGGAUCACCUGGUGUGUUUCCUGCCGGGGACUCUGGCCCUGGGGGUCCACAACGGGCUCCCGGGGGACCACAUGGACCUGGCGGUGCAGCUGAUGGAGACGUGCCAUCAGAUGUACAAACAGAUGGAGACGGGCCUGAGCCCAGAGAUCGCCCACUUCAACCUGCAGGCGAGCGACGGACAGGACGUCUUCGUCAAGCCGGCUGACAGACACAACCUGCUGAGACCGGAGACGGUGGAGAGUCUGUUCUACAUGUUCAGGUUCACCAAGGACACCAAGUACAGAGACUGGGGCUGGGACAUCCUGCAGAGCUUCAACAAGCACGCCAAGGUUCCCACUGGCGGCUACACGUCCAUCAACAACGUCCAGGACCCCGCCAACCCGGCCCCCCGGGACAAGAUGGAGAGCUUCUUCCUGGGUGAGACUCUGAAGUACUUGUUCCUGCUCUUCUCCGAUGACGCGGAGCUGCUCAGCCUGGACGAGUACGUCUUCAACACCGAGGCCCACCCGCUCCCCAUAUGGCCCUCGCCUCCUAAAUGA